GGGUGUUUCUGGUUCUUCGCGAGUUGCCGCCGCCGCCGCUCCUCCUCUCCUGUCUUGGGUUUCCCUGGUGCCGCCGCCGCCGCCGCCGUUCAGUGUGAGGAGGAGGAGGAUGUGAAGAUGGCGGAGCUGCAGAUGCUGCUGGAGGAGGAAAUCCCGGGGGGCCGCCGGGCCCUGUUCGAUAGUUACACUAACCUGGAGCGAGUGGCCGACUACUGCGAGAACAACUACAUCCAGUCAGCAGAUAAACAGCGAGCCCUAGAAGAAACCAAAGCCUAUACAACACAGUCCUUAGCAAGUGUAGCCUAUCUGAUAAACACUUUGGCCAAUAAUGUCCUCCAAAUGUUGGAUAUCCAGGCAUCCCAGCUACGUCGGAUGGAAUCUUCUAUCAACCACAUUUCCCAAACGGUCGAUAUUCAUAAAGAGAAAGUUGCAAGGAGAGAGAUUGGUAUUUUGACUACCAACAAAAAUACUUCCAGAACCCAUAAAAUUAUUGCUCCAGCCAACCUAGAACGACCAGUUCGUUACAUUAGAAAACCUAUUGACUAUACAAUUUUAGAUGAUAUUGGGCAUGGAGUAAAGGUGAGUACACAGAAUAUGAAGAUGGGUGGGCUGCCUCGUACAACACCACCUACUCAGAAACCACCCAGCCCACCAAUGUCAGGCAAAGGAACACUUGGGCGUCACUCCCCCUAUCGCACACUGGAGCCAGUGCGUCCUCCAGUGGUACCAAAUGAUUACGUACCUAGCCCAACACGUAAUAUGGCUCCCUCGCAGCAGAGCCCUGUGAGGACAGCUUCUGUGAAUCAAAGAAAUCGAACUUACAGCAGCAGUGGUAGUAGUGGAGGAAGCCACCCGAGUAGCCGGAGCAGCAGUCGCGAGAACAGUGGAAGUGGUAGUGUGGGGGUUCCUAUAGCUGUCCCUACUCCAUCUCCUCCCAGUGUCUUUCCAGGUCACCCUGUUCAGUUCUACAGCAUGAACAGACCUGCUUCUCGGCAUACUCCCCCAACAAUAGGAGGCUCUUUGCCCUACAGACGUCCUCCUUCCAUCACCUCACAGACAAGCCUUCAGAACCAGGUGAAUGGAGGACCUUUUUAUAGCCAGAACCCAGCAUCUCUUGCUCCUCCUCCUCCAUCCAUCCUACAGGUAACUCCUCAGUUGCCUUUAAUGGGAUUUGUGGCCAGAGUCCAAGAAAAUAUUUCAGACACUCCUCCUCCUCCACCUCCUGCAGAAGAACCAGUCUUUGAUGAAUCACCGCCUCCACCUCCACCACCAGAAGAUUAUGAGGAGGAGGAGGCAGCUGUGGUAGAGUACAGCGAUCCCUAUGCUGAAGAGGAUCCUCCCUGGGCACCAAGGACCUAUUUAGAAAAAGUUGUUGCGAUUUAUGAUUACACAAAAGACAAAGAGGAUGAGCUUUCAUUUCAGGAAGGAGCUAUCAUUUAUGUCAUCAAGAAGAAUGAUGAUGGUUGGUAUGAGGGAGUCAUGAAUGGAGUGACGGGGCUCUUCCCAGGUAAUUACGUGGAGUCCAUCAUGCAUUAUUCUGAGUGAAGACUGACGAUGUACCGAGAUCAAAAGGAACUAUUAAGGGCUUUCCAGAUUGACACAAGGCUCUGGGGAACAAACUCAUGGAUGAAGGAUAAGGAUAAUUGUAAUAAAACUACUUAUGUGUUUUGGCUUAAAAAUUAUUAUAAAAAAGCAAGUUAGUGACCUAAGUAUGAAAAAUGGAUCUUCUGAUGGUUAGUGGUGGCUGUGCUGAACUCUUUGAAGUAAAUAAGCUGACAUAUUCAUCUCUGGGUGUGUAGAAAAUGAAAUGAUCUAUAUAUGUAACUGAAACAACGUCAAAAAUAAGACUGAGGUAGAAUCUAGGAUCUCUCUCAGGAAUCUUAUCUAACCCAGAGUUUUUCUCCCUUGCUUUAUUGCUUGGCAUUAGCAGUGCCAGGAUGAUAAUGUCAUGGUGUUAACCUUAUGACCCAGUGAGCAUCUUGGUCACUUCCUUCCACCUGAAGAUUAAGCAUCUGGAGAAUGUAUAUGAAAGUUCACAUAAAAAGCUUUCCAGGUUGUUUGUUACUUGUUUAAUGCAAUUAGAAUUUGCAGUUUCUUAGCACUCUGUGGCUGAAGCAAGUGAAUGCAAAACUGACUUUUAUCUCUUGAUAACUGUCAGCCAAAAUCAUUUAGAUGAUGAAGUUUAGAAAGUGUUAGGGACUUCUAAAGCUAUCUAACUGGUGCCACAAAUUUGCUUUAGUAUUCUGAUGAAAACUACAUUGCCACUGAUGAAGUGUAUAUCCAGACUACUUAUGUAACAAGGGUUAGUCAUCUCAUAGCACAGGGUGUAGUGAAAUGGACAUUAUAUUUCCUUCAGGUUCAAGCCUGAAGAUUUUAAGUUAACAUUUGAAUGACAUAUGUUCUCAUUAGUAGUCAAGAUGAAAACUUUGUUCUGAGCAUUAACGCUUUGACUUCAGAGCAGAUGUUUCUUUGAAUUUUUCAGUAUGUAGAAAAAUCUUAUUCAUCUUAUUUGGAAAGAACAAGCAAUUUUUGGGUCUGUUGGCAAGUCUCCACAGUGGAAAUUGAAGGAUUGCUACUCUCUGUGAUCAUUAAAGACCGGCUUUACCUGUACUACUGUCUAAGCUGCUUUCCCCUUAUACCUAUUGAAAAAUUUAAAAAACAAAAAACUCAGAACAAAAUCCUUGAGUCUCUUGUUCUCAGUUGGAAAAUAAGGUAUUCCUUAUUUCCUAUUAAAUAGGAAAUUUCCUAUUAAAUAGGAAAUAUCCCUAUUAAAAUAUUUUUUCACUUUAGAUUUAUCCAGGAUUAAAAUUGCAGUAGUGGAAUAAGCUUAGUAGGUCAAGUACUGGUACUACUAGUUAAUGUGCGCUAAACUUUCUAGUGGAACUUCAACAGAUUGUAGCAGAAAUUAUUAACUUUUGUGUCUGCACAACAAAUAUAACUUUGGAGUUCAGCUCCCAGAUUUAAAAGAACAGUACAUUUUUAACCUUAAUUUUUCCACAGAGUUAAUUUAAAAUUAUCUACAAAGACCCAUAAUCCUGGUAGGGGAUGUUAGUCCUGAAUAAGAAAUAUUCUGCUAAGGGGGGACCAGUUCAGUUCACCCUGAUGCUAUCGACCAGGGUUCUAGAUACUUGGACAGAAUUGAGCUAGGCCAGGCUAGGUCAGGGUGUCCACAGUGCUGACAGAACAGCAAGGUUUAGUGUACUUGAACUGACAGGUGGGUAGGGUGUUAGCAUGAAAGGAAAUUCAGGUCUUUGACCACAAAGCUUCUUCAAAAUUUUAACUGAGGUCCAGCUAUACAUUUCUUUUAUUUAAAAAGCAAAAAACAACUCUACCCUGCUUCUUUUCCACAGUCAUUUAAUAAUCAUGUUUUCAGGUCUUCUAACAGCUGGGAAUCCCGUAUUAGUUCUCACCAGCUUACUCACUUGUGCCUGAGCACUCUUAUUAAGCAAACUCGACCAAAAAUCUUUUUUUCUCAAAUUAGCACUGAGAUCUCUUUGAGCCUUUUAUUUCCUUUUUAGAACCAAUCUGUGACUGACUCUAAGAUAAGCUAAGACUCUCUUUUAUUGCCUGAAGUGGAUUGAUGUGCCUAGGAUUUUUUUGGGGGGGGGAAGGGAGAGGUGGAGUGGUGGUGGUGGUUAGUACUAGGUAUAUAUCUUAGUUUAAAAGAUACAUUCCUUAAACUAUUUGUUCCCGGUAUCUGUUCAUACCUGCUGGAUUUUCUGCCUCAGAGUGCUUAGUGGGUUCGCAAAGCAGACACGUUUUUGAAGUCCAAAAGGUAAUCUUGACAGCUCAUCAAAUUCAGUUACAGAAACAGAUUCAGCUGAGCUAGGCUUUCAGAGAUAAAUAAGCUUAGGGUUUUCUCUAGGAAUGGAUUUUGCUUCUUGCUCGAGUGCUUUCUUUGCUAUCUGCUGAUGACAUUUGUGAAGUUUUUCAUCUUGUAGAGUCACUGUGGAGGGAGUCCAUGGGUCAAUUGCUGCUGGUUUUUGCUCUAUUCAGUACUGAUGUAUAAAAAAAAAACAACAAACCUGUUGGAUUUCAUGCAUAUUUUUUAUUUUGUACAGUUUAAAAUUCUAUAGCUUGUUUAGGGAGGAUUCUAUGUGAUCAAAAUCCAGAGUAAUUGGAGAAUUUAAUGUAUGUAAUAUUUCAUAGACUGCAUGCUACUAAUAGUGAAGGUGCUGUUUCCAAUUUUAUCAUUUGUAAGUUUCCCCCUUUUGUCCUACUGAAAAAAUAACUUUAAAAAAGCUUGGAAAAACUUAAAUUUGAGAAGCAGUGCAGAAUGCUGCAGCAAAGAUGAUCCCAGUCCAAAAGCUACUGACCAGCCCUCGAGCAAUGUUGUCACUAGAGAUGAGGGGAAUGCUAUCACGGUCCACCAUAAAGUGUGUUCUAGGAACAUAAUCAAAACUAAACUUUUUCCCUAUGGAAUCAUGUUUUCCUAGAUUAUAUUUGGUUUUACCUUCACCCUUUCUCAUCCCUCAAAGCGCCCAAUAUGGCUGUUCCUCUUUUGGUGUUUCAUUUCCAUGGAUAUGAAUGAAAAUACACUUCCUUAUUCUACGGCCUUAGGGUGAAGAUGACAUAAACUUUAAAAUAAAAAGUGCCAAUAGAGGAUGUUGCAAGGCUCAACCUGCUCUUGGAUUGAUAAAGAUGAGCCUCCUCUUGUCUUGUUCAGCAGUGUUUUCUUUUGCUUGGCUGUUUUGUUUCUAUUUCCCUCUGUGGUCCUUGUUUUUGGCACUUUAGUUAGGGUAAGCGGGCAGCUGGUAGUGAUGUCAUGCUUCUGAGGGACUGAUUCUGUGUUACCAGGCAGAAGGAUACCCCCUGCCCCUUUCUGAUUUUGUUUAAUAAUUUACUAGAGUUUCUUUCAUCUUUAUAAUGAUAGUAUUCAUGUAGCUGUGGUGGUAAUUUUUCAGUUACUUCAUCAGUGUCUUACUACUUCCUGGAAAAAAAAGGCUACUUAAUGAAAUUUUAAGUUCUGGUGAGGUAGGAGAUUAUGUGUCCUUUUUUUGUGUUUUGAACUUUUUCUUAUUCCAGCACUUGCCUUCAAAAUAGAAUACCUCUCCUAUUGUCCUUAACCACAUAUUUCUCUGGUGGAGAGAGCAUGUUGUGUCCUGGCCUCACCAUGACACUAAAAACAGCCUUAUGUAGAGGGUAGCAGGCAAUCUCUAAGUAUUUAGGAAGGUAGGCAUAUAAUUUCCAUCAGUUUACACAUAAUUCACUGGUUGGGAAUUCCACCUUCACUGGUGUUAAGGGGGGAAAUAUCCCCAAAUGGGUUUACUUAGAUUCAUAAAAAUUAUUAGAGCCAGAAGGGACCUUAGGUCAUCUAAUUCAGCCCCCUCCUUUGACAGAUGGGGAAACUGAGGCCCAGGGAC